AUGCGUCACUCAAAGGAGGGCGCGGGACAAGAGCUGGCUCCGACCCUUUUCCCACCGCCGGACGCGACGAUGGGGGCGGUGGUCGGCAGCCGCAGUAUAUACCACAACGCGGGCAACGGCGGCGGCGGCGGCGGCGGCGGCGGCGUCGCGCCAGAAAUGGGAAUCGUCGUGGCGGUGGGAGUAAGCCCUCGGCAGGGUCUAAAAGCAGAAAGUCGUCGGCCGAGAAGACGUUCCCGGAUGCAGACGGAGGCAAGUCGUCGACGGUCAGCGCGAGGUCCAGGCCGUCAGUUGAGCGCCGGCACAGAUGAGGUCAGCCGCAGGCGGUAG